CUGUUUUAAACUCCGGUUCUCGGAUUCUAAAGGUUUUCGGAGAGAGAAGUAAUAAAAGGCAGACUUUAAAAAGUAUUUGUUUUUCAUCUCUAGGGCACUCCAGUCGUUUCUUAUUAACGUAAUCGAAAAGUUAUUUUGAGGCAGGAAUUUGCAUUGUGAUAAGACAAGUUCUAUGGAAAGUUGCUUGGAAGAAACAGUAAAUAUUCGAGCAGGUGGAGCAUCAAUUCCGACACGUGAAAAGGGGACUUGUCUUUUGGGACACAAUUGUUGCCAGCAUUUGUAUCCUGCUGGUCUGCUUUAUUAAAUUGAUAGGGUCCCUACGUUUAACGCUUGUGGUUCUUUGUUUGAAGGACGUUUCCAAAUCAAAAGCCGGCUUUUUCUUCCUUUUUGAGUUAACAUUUUACCUGUCAUUGUGACGUUACCCUAAAUACUGAAAAUGUCAGCUGAAAGAUAUUCAACAUUGGAUGAACCGUCGCUUCGGAACCUGCUGGAUGGGACGAUGGACCUGGAUGAGCGACGGCUGAUCCGUUCAGCCAUCAGAGAGCUGAGGAGGAGGGAGAUGGAGGACAUGGAGGCAGCCCUGGCCAGAAAACGCUUCCGGCCAACAAAUCUCAGCCAGAACGACAACAAAGAGAACCAACUCGCACAUAGGUCAGAAUUGGGGGGCUCCCUAGACGUGCUCUCUGUGAAACUACAAGCCAUCCAGGACAUUGAGGAGCUGACUGGACUGCUGCGCGGGGCCAAUGAGUAUGAGGAGAGGAAACUGAUCAGAGCUGCCAUCCGCCGCCUCCGAGACGAGGAGCAGCAGGGUACAUGGGAGAAAGGGAGGACCACCGGCCGAUGUCUGGAGUCUGAGGGCCUGGAGCUCCAAAGCAGCCUGGGAGCAGGGGACACCGAGAAGGAGAGCAUUGGCGAGCGAGAGAGAAUCAAGUCUCAGAUCCGGGAGCUACGAAGCCACCAGACGCAGCAGGGCAGAGAGCUGCACAGGACAGGCUCCAACUCAGGCAUGGUUCUGGUUCUGGACCCCCUGGUGAGGGAUGAGGUCCCGGGCCCUCUGCUGACCCGCCCACAGACCCGGGACCCUGUGACAUCAUCAGAGCCAGACGUGGUCCUAUCCCACCGCCAGCGUUCUGACUCGACAUCCUCAGAACGCAGCCAGGCCUCCAGGCCCCGUCUGGACUCUGGAGCCUCAGAGAAGAGUCUGGGUCUGGGCUCAGCCUUCCGGACCAGGGUGGACUCUGGAGCAUCAGAAAAGAGCCUGGGCUCAGCCUUCAGGACCAGGGUGGACUCUGGAGCAUCAGAAAAGAGUCUGGGCUCAGCCUUCAGGACCAGGGUGGACUCUGGAGCAUCAGAAAAGAGCCUGGGCUCAGCCUUCAGGACCAGGGUGGACUCUGGAGCAUCAGAAAAGAGCCUGGGCUCAGCCUUCAGGACCAGGGUGGACUCUGGAGCAUCAGAAAAGAGUCUGGGCUCAGCCUUCAGGACCAGGGUGGACUCUGGAGCAUCAGAAAAGAGCCUGGGCUCAGCCUUCAGGACCAGGGUGGACUCUGGAGCAUCAGAAAAGAGCCUGGGCUCAGCCUUCAGGACCAGGGUGGACUCUGGAGCAUCAGAAAAGAGCCUGGGCUCAGCCUUCAGGACCAGGGUGGACUCUGGAGCAUCAGAAAAGAGUCUGGGCUCAGCCUUCAGGACCAGGGUGGACUCUGGAGCAUCAGAAAAGAGCCUGGGCUCAGCCUUCAGGACCAGGGUGGACUCUGGAGCAUCAGAAAAGAGCCUGGGCUCAGCCUUCAGGACCAGGGUGGACUCUGGAGCAUCAGAAAAGAGCCUGGGCUCAGCCUUCAGGACCAGGGUGGACUCUGGAGCAUCAGAAAAGAGCCUGGGCUCAGCCUUCAGGACCAGGGUGGACUCUGGAGCAUCAGAAAAGAGCCUGGGCUCAGCCUUCAGGACCAGGGUGGACUCUGGAGCAUCAGAAAAGAGCCUGGGCUCAGCCUUCAGGACCAGGGUGGACUCAGGAGCAUCAGACAGAAGCCAGUGUUCCGCCCACAGAGGCAGACUGAACUCUGGGUCCUCAGAGUCCCACUUCAGACAGAAACUGGACUCUGGCACGUCAGACUCCAGUAUGGGACCGCCAGCCCCCCUGGGCUCUGAGACGUCCGACGGCACAGGGCUCCUGUCACGGAAACUUCUGGACUCAGGGACGUCUGACCUGAGCGUGGGCGUGUUGUCUGUGGGCCGGAGCCGAGUAGAGCAGCCAGAGGUGACCAUGAGUAGCUCCUCCUCCAGCACAGACUCCGAGGCUGAAAGCACCAACCACCAUCCAGACCAGCCCCGUCAGGACAGCACCACUACCAAUCAUUAUCAGCCUGAUGGGGCCGUCCUAUUCAGGAAAGCCCCAGACUCCCACAGUGUCCUGCUCAAUGGCAGUGCCAAGGAAAGAGGAGACAUCCAGGAACAGAAGGUCAGAUAUACUUUACUCACUCCUCUCAGAAAAUCAAAUGAUGCAGUUCCUGAGAAGAAAGAGCCGGUUGUCUUGGCCCCGUUCGACCGUGCUAACUCUGUGCGGGACCGUAUGCGUAAGUUCACGGAGCCCAGUCCCAGUGUCCCGGUCCUGAAGAGAGGCUCUCAGUGUCUGAGGAACGCGACAGCCCCCAGUGCCCGAGUCCUAGGCAGAGCCACCCAGCUGAGUGAGGGGCCAGCGGCAGUGCCAGCCGCAGGGCCAGCCAAGCAGACAGCAGGGACCACAGUAGUAUCCAUCACCACCCCUACAGACAGGCCCGGGAGACCCCACGUAGGCUCUACAUCCUACUCUUCAUCUGCCUCCUCUUCAAAGAACCAUGUCCAAUGCCAGGGCACAGUUCACCCAGGGGGCGUGGCCACCAAGCCUCUGCAAAGCGCUGCUCAAUCCUUGAACGCUGUAGGCGGGGCAAAGCAGACGGCUGAAAAGCUGCGGCACGCCUUGGGCGGCUCAAAGGAAGACAAGACCCCAGGGAGAGCAUCUGCACAGCGGGACAGCAAGGGAGCAGCAGACCCCGACAUGAAGACCUUCCUAACUAUCGAGAUCAAAGAUGGGCGCACCACCACCACCUCCUCUUCAUCCUCUAGAGGCAACCUGGCCCCACGCAUCACCACCAACCCCAUAGGACAGAGAGCAGAGUUGACCCUGGGCCUAAGAGCGACCCCCUUCAAGAUGUCCUCCUCCAUCCUUACCUCCGGAUCCUCUUUCAAGAUGGCCUCUGAGCCAGUGUUGGCAGUGGAGCCCUCAGUGCAGGUGGCCUGCUGUCAGCCCUCGGCUGCUGUACCCAACGGCUCCUCUGCGCCACCUCGGGACAAAUUCGAAGAGUGCUCCAGAAAACUGAAUGCAGAACAGCUGGCCACCAUCGACGAUGAGGAGCUCCUGGAUAAAAUGCUGGAUGAGUCCAAGGACUUUGAGGAGAGGAAGAUGAUCCGACAGGCCAUGAGAGAUCUGCGUAAGAGGAAGCAAGAGGCCGAACUGGGAUGUACUCAAGAGGAAAUAGACCAGAGAGAAAAGGAGCGGGAGAUUCGUCUUGCGGAUCUUCGGCAGCAGAGACAGGAGCAUAGUCAGAAGGGUCGUACGGGAGGAGGAGGAGCUGGAGAGGUGGUGAUGAGGAAGGUGGAGAUGUCAGCUGAUGGCUCCACCCUCAGCCAAGUCACCAAGACAGACCGCUUUGCCCAGUCUGGUGAUGGCAGCAGGACAGCUCACAGCACCAUCAUGGAGGCCAGUUAUGUGAAGAAAACAGACGUGGGGACAGUUCAGUCCAAGUCCUACAGCUGCUCCUCCUCUACCUCCAGCAGCAGCUCCACCAGGAAAGUGGGCAGUGUGUUUGACCGCGAGGACGACUCGGCGUCCCGUGCUGCGGAGCGCCGACAGGCAGAGAAGCGCAAGGAGCUGAUGAGAGCCCAGACUCUGCCCAAGAUGUCCGCCGCACAGUCCCGCAAAGCCAUGAUCGAGAAACUGGACAAGGAGAGCGGAGGGCCAGGAAAUAAAGCAGUUGCCAAGGUGAACACAGUCCAGCGCUCGGCUAGCUGCGUGGUGCCCAAUGCCAACUCCAUCAAACAGAUGCUCCUGGACUGGUGCCGCGCCAAGACCCGCUCAUACCAGAAUGUGGACAUCCAGAACUUCUCGUCCAGUUGGAGUGAUGGCAUGGCGUUCUGUGCCCUCGUGCAUAACUUCUUCCCAGAGGCCUUUGACUACUCCUCUCUCACGCCUGCCAACCGCAGACACAACUUUGAGGUGGCCUUCAGCACUGCAGAGAAGCUGGCUGACUGUCCCGAGCUGUUGGACGUGGAGGACAUGGUGCGGAUGCGUGAGCCAGAUUGGAAGUGUGUGUACACGUACCUGCAGGAGUUCUACAGGGGCCUGGUGACCAAGGGCCUGGUUAAAAUCAAAAACUCCUCCUAGAGUCACACCCCUAGGACCCCAAAUGCACUCAUGGGAAUGUGCCAACUGUAUGCCCCUGUUGGAGGUAGAGGACAUGAUGAUCAUGGGGAGGAAGCCUGACUCCAAGUGUGUGUUCACCUAUGUGCAAUCACUGGUCAACCACCUGCGCAGGCACGAGAUGAAACUCGCCAAACUCCAGGGCACCAACCUCUGAUCUGCCCCUCUGCUCACUGUGUAUCUUCCCCCAUCGCACCCCUCCUCUCAUCCUGAGCCCUGAACACCACCCAUGUCCAAAAGACAGCAGCCCCGACUCUGAGUGAGGGGUGUUACUGAUUUGUACAUCUCUGAUGGCCAACGGGGUGGGGAGUGUGUUUGUGUAGGUGGUGGCAUCUGUCUUAUGAUUAUCUUUGUUAACGGCGGUGGCAUGUCAGACAGAUAAAUUCCCUUCCUCUGGACACAUUUGUUCAGGCUGUGCAAACCUUCCCGUCUUCCAGAAAGAGAAUUCCAAAGUUUAAUAGAGAAUCUUUAAGCUCUAAUUGAUAUUUUUAUUUUAUACUGAUAUUUAGUUGUACAGCCUAUCAGUCAUAAGACAGUUCUAUACAUGGUUUGGAAGUCGGAAGAUAUAGCACCAACAAAACCCUAAAUGAAAUGUACAUGAGAAAAAUAGUAAUUUUACUGUAUUCCCUCACCCACAUUAAUGCCUAAAUUUUUUUGUUUUCUGUGACAAUUACAAGAUGUUACUCAAGCUGUUGGUGAUGAUGAAGAAAAGAAAUAUGAUAUGAGGCAUUGUUAAUAUUCCUUCAGUCCCCACUCUGGUACUGUUAAAGGUGUUACCAAAUCUGCUAAACACAUCUAUUUCAAUUGUUUUAUGGAGGGAUGUUUAUUAUUUUUUGGUGGGUGCUUAUAUUUAUCCUAUUACACACACGUACAUGUAUUUAUUAAUACGCAUGUGUGAAUUAGAUUAUUUUUUGCAUAUCACAACUCUCCCUGAGACAUCCUCGAGAAAGUGGGGUCACGGCCAGAGUCUGGACCCUAGACCAAUUAGGGUUAAAUGCCUUGCUCAAAGGCACAGACAGAUUUUUCACCUUGUUGGCUUGAGGAUUUGAACUAGUGACCAAGCCCAACACUCUAACCCAGGGAUGGGAAACUCCAGUCCCUGGGGCCAGAGUGGUGUCACUUUUUCUCCAUCUCUAGCAAACACAGCUCAUUAAACUAACUGCAUUCUAAACUCAAGAUCAUGAUUAGUUGAUUAUUGGAGUCAGGUGUGUUAGCUGAAGCAAAAGUAUGAAACCAAUCAGGCUCCUAAGGAAUGGAGUUGCCCAUCCCUACUCUAACCACUAGGCUAGCUGCCGCCCAUUACUCAGUAGCUGGCAUUAUGAAAUUGACGAAUCUGUCUAUGCAGCCCUAACGUAGCAGGUGUAAAGAAAAACCUGAGCAGGUUCUGCAGAAACCAGAAGCAUCUGGUUCAGGCUUUGCCUCUUCUCUGCUUUUCCCCUGAAAACCGUAUGCUUCCGGGUUCUGCCGACCCGUUGAAGGUGAUGCAGCCCUAUGCUGCGCAAAAGCGAUAUCUGAAUCUACAGACCCACUGAGGUUAAAGCCAGACUAGGUUGUGAUAGUAGUUACAGGUAAAAUCACACAUUGGUGUUUCUAGAUUAUCACAUCUCUCCCCACCUUUUCUCCUUGUCCUUGCCUCAGUUCGCUACAUUGGGGUCUAACAAAAACUUGGCAUGGAGUUGUCACAUUCACACUGCCUGCAUCAGCCCACCCAGCAAACACAUAGAAACACACAGCUCUUUAAUUAUGCUUGGGUAACAUUUCUGUUCGUGGUCGUACCAUAUGCUUUGAAGUUUUGUUUCGAGUCCAUCUAUGAAAACGUUUGUACUGGCUAUAGGUUAUGGUAAUAUCAGUAUUUGUGGGCUCUAGAGGCGUCACUACAGACCCUGAUUCGAUUCCAGGCUGUAUCACAACUGGCCGUGAUUGGGAGUCCCAUAGGGCAGUGCACAAUUGGCCCAGGUUUAACCGGGGUAGGCUGUCAUUAUAAAUAAGAAUUUGUUCUUAACUGACUUGCCUGGUUAAAUAAACAUUUGAAUAUAAAAAGGUUUGUUGGAGGCCAACCAAUCAAAUAAUUUAUAAAGCCCUUCUUACAUCAGCUGAUGUCAAAGUGCUGUACAGAAAGCCAGCCUAAAACCCCAAACAUCAAGCAAUGCAGAUGUAGAAGCACGGUGGCUAGGAAAAACUCCCUAGAAAGGCCAAAACCUAGAGGAACCAGCCAACUUCCCUUCUCUACAUCCAUGGGCCCAAUGAAAGCUGGCUUUCAGCUCAGUUGAGUAUGACAGACAGGUGAACAGGAGAAUAUUACUGAUAAAGGCUGAAUGUACUUUAUUGCCAAUGUAUAUUUUCUGAAUUCUAGCUAAAUAAAAUGUUUUAUGGUUUCUUUAUCAAUAAUUUUAAGACUGCGGUUGGUUUUAUAACAAUUCACUUUCUCUAGUCUCAAUUACAGAUGAAGAGGAAUUUACUAAAUCUAAUUUGUCAGGUGUCGACUAACAAUGAAAUGCUUACUUAUGGGUCCUUUUUCAACAAUGCAGAGUUAAAAUAUGGUUACGACAAUUUAGUAUUCCGCAACCAGAAAGUUUCCACAAACUAGUUAAUCCUGUACAUACAUGCUUGGACAGUCAAUUCAAUGUUUCUGUACACCACAAUGAAUGUGAAUUAACAAUUAAACCAACUUAAGAAACAG